AUGGCAAUGCUGAAAAAAACAGACAAGACGGUGUACAUUGUGGUGGAGAGGGAUUUUGAGCUGAACAUUUUUGCAAAGGCAUUAACCUUUAUUUCCAAUUACAUCGAAGUUAAAACACAGAUGACCAAUACCAAAACGAUAGAUGUCCCUCAGCUUGUUGAACAAAUACCACCAGUUGAUAGAUUGGAUAAUGUAUACAUUGCUCCUCCAAACAUAAACAGGUACGGAACAAUUCUGAAAGUUGUGUCGCCUUUUAAGAGCAAGGUGACCUACGCUGUUGGCAAUACCAAGACAAUAGUGAAUCUUGCUCCCCAAGGAUACUUUGAAUUUUCAAUUACUGAAAAUCAAGUUGCUGUUAUUGAAUCAGAACGACCCGUUCUUUUAACCAGUGUUGGCACUGGAUCAGACACGUCAGGUGAUCCUUAUAUGAUAACCAUAUCCGGGGUAACGCAGUACCUUAACAAAUAUACAGUUAUCACUCCUAGCAAUUUUACAAGUAAUUAUGUUGCUUUGAUGAUUGAUGAAAGUUCAUUACCGCAUCUGACAAUCAACGAAAGAGAUUUGAUUGAGUAUGCCAGAACAUUUCAUGGCCCUGUGACAGUGAGGAAAGUUCGGUACAUUGUUCUGGUGGUGCAAUUGUCGGGUGGCGCUAUUAACGUCAAGACGACAAACAACGCAGUAUUUGGCUUGCUGGUAUAUGGUCAUAGAAAGAAUGACGGUUACGGAUUUGCAGCAAAUGUCGUGCUCCCGGACGUAUGUGUCCCAUGA